AUGCGGUUCGUGAAGGAAGCAGGAGAUAUAUUGAAUGACGCACUAAGGUUGUGGCGUCCGGAGAGGAUUUGGGUGUGCUUUAACGGCGGUAAGGAUGCCACGGUGGUGUUGGAAUUAUAUUGCCGGGCGUUGGAGAAGUAUUAUUGGAGUCGUGAAGAGCGAGCUGUAGCUGCGAAUUGUGUUUGGUUUAAGAGCGAGGAAGAGUUUGGAGAGGUUGAGUCGUUUGUGGAGAGGACCUGCAAGAGACUGAGGACCAAUUUGAUGGUCAUGCAUGGGUCUUAUAAAGAGAGGUUGUCUGAUUUUUUGUCGGAGGUCGAAUCGACUCAGUCUGACACGGUGUUGGUCUUGAUAGGCUAUAGAAAUGAUGAUGACCCCAGAAGUCCUCUUCGAUCCCGUGCAGCAGGGGCGGAGUCCCCUGCAGGGGCGGAGUCCCCAGCAGGGGCGGAGUCCCUGUCUGGACAGCACUAUCCCUUCAUGCCAGGCAGCAGUUUCCUAACCGAGAUCCCCUUUAUGCGAUGCCAUCCUUUACUGAAAUGGAGCUACGGCGACAUCUGGGAGUUUAUAGAUGCAAAUCUGAUUCCGGUGUGCCCACUAUAUACCAGCGGCUACUCUAGCCUCGGCGACGUCCAGCAUACUGAGAAAAACCCGCUGUUGCGCAACAAGCACGCUCGAGAACUCAACGACUGGUCCACGGAACGCGCGUCCCGCUCCAGUAAAGAUGACCCAGCAACUUGA